CCUAGUGCUAGGCCCAACAAAGAAUGAAUGCGAACUCCAGACUCGUGUACUUUCAGCCCAGGAGGAGGUUUGUACUUACUACUUGGCCAAUGCCCGCCGCCGAUGUCCCCCGGAUGAAUUCCGGUCGCCGGGAGACACCAAGUAGUCGCCGGUUAGGUGACCGGUCGGCCAUCGCAAGCCCACCCAUUUCCGGUCGUGAAUUAAGACGGCGGCGCCGGCGGGAAUGGAAAGGGAAGCUAGCAAGCCCACCUAUUUCCUCUUUUACUGUUAUUUUAUAGUUUUUCAUCCAACUUUACCAAAAUCCCUUCCUUCCCUAACGAGCUCCCAUUUUCGUUCAGUUCCGACCUCACACUCCAACUCGUAGCAAAUUCAGAUCCAUCUUUCUCCCAAAACGGACCGGAAAAAUUGAUUAGCCGGUGAACCCUCUCUCCUGUCAAGAAGGUUUCCCUGAGUCGCCGCCUCCCUCAACAAAAUCGAAUCUUCGCUCCUUUCUUUCUACUGCCGUCGAUUCCAUUCAGCCCCUUGUUGUUUCCUCUCCUCCUUUGUAGCACCAUCACAGCUUGCUCAUCGUUUUGGUUGGUUGGUUGGAUAGCGAUCUUGCGCGGGUGAGUUUUGUUAGGGUUUUAGAGAAAAGCUCUUGAUUUCUUUUGUCAUUGUAGUUCCUGAAGUUUUUCUUUGUUCUUGUCAAUUGGGGCAAAAGGAAAUCACUAGUGGUAUAUAUGUGUAUAAACUAGUAAUCCACAGUGACUGUUUUCAUCUAAAGUAUUGAGACAGACUUGGCUGCAAGAACCAUCACUGCGAAGAUGAAGUUGAAGCUGGUGGUGGACAAGAAGAAGAACAAGGUGAUCUUCGCGGAGGCCCAAAAGGACUUCGUCGACCUGCUGAUCUACAUCCUCUCCCUCCCUCUAAGCGCCGUGGUGAAGUACUUGGACGCUGCAGGCCCAAGCAGCCUCGUGAAGCUGCACAGCAGCGUCGAGUCGAUGAGGGAGGCAGGGUACAUAAAGCCUCCACACAGCGACACGGGUGCUCCGAGUUACAUCAUCCCCAAGUUGUCGACCUAUGUCCCCAGUUUGCCACGGCUGAAUCCUGGGAAUUUUAGGGCUCGUAGAAAGCUCUACAAUUGCAAGAGCAGUCACAGGCAUGUAGUGGACAGGGUACACGAAGGCAAUUGGUGCGACUCCUGUAACGAGGGUAUGGGCGAGGAAGUGGUGUUCGUGGAACGAGAAAUGGAGGCUGACUACGUGAAGGAGAUGGUCCCGUACAUGGUCGCAGACGAUCUCACGGUGUUGCCGCUGGAUUACAGCUCUGUUUUCGCUGCCAUGGAGGGCUUCAACCGAGCUGACGUGGUGGAGAAGGAGGUCCAAAUUGGGCCUGACGAGGCUCUCGCAUUGCUGAAUGCUGCCUUGCACUCCAAGGAACCUCUCACUAGCGUUUUCCUGAAAACUGAAGCAGCACCUACCUCUCCCGUGAAAAGUGAAUGAUUGAACUCAUCGUCGGCCGUCCAUAUUCUGCAUGUUUCUGAGAUUCAGUGAGUGAGUCUGUCUAUGCAGUUUGCUUUUGGUUGGUUGUACGGGCGUUCAAACGGUUUGGUUACCGUGGUAAUCGUUUUAACCGGUACUAUUUGGAUAAUUUGGUUUGGUUAAUUUGAAUAAUUGGUUUGGUUUGGUUUGGUUAAAGUUUUUAGCUUGUUUGAUUUAGGUGGUUUGGUUUGGUUAAAGUUUUUAGCUUGUUUGAUUUAGGUGGUUUGGUUUGGUUUCAGACACUCCUAACCAGUCAAACCAAAUUAACUAGUUAAUUAAUUAGUCAUAUAUCUAGCAUAUAUUAUAUACACAUACUUAAUACUUUGCAUAACAACUCAAGAGUUAACGUUCAUCCCUUUUAGACUCAUAUAAAAUAUAAAGCUCAUUAUUGCUCAUAUAGUGUAUAUUUAUAUAUAUAAAGUGUAGACCACAACAUAAGGACGCCUAAUUUAGAUAAAUUUCAUACAUUAUGAUGGAUGAAAACUUGAAAGGAAGGUCAUUUCCAGCCUAUGAUAAUUGCUGAGGGACUAAGUCAAUUUACACAAACACAACAAUUCAUUAACCCAUACCAUUGUCAUAAAUUUUUGUUAGGUGAAUACUUCUAUACUAAUAGUAAGAUAAUUGUCUUAGUUGCAUGUAUUUUUGUUAAGGGUCAACUAUAACUACGUGUUGAUUGUUAUAUUUUAUUCAUUAUAUAAAUUGCGAAUUGUUGCAUUAACCAGAAAAUUUUCAUCAUCAAUGAUAAUGUGAUUUUAUAUUGGUUAAUCUGGUUAACCAAUUAACCAAACCGAUUAAACUUUAGUUUGGUUAAUUUGGUUGUUGUAUUAGUUUUGUGUUAUGAUAUUGUAUUCCAUGAUUAAUGAAAUUUAGGCUUAUUUGGUUUGGUUAUAACCAUGGUAACCAUUUGAACACCAGUUGGUUGUUUCAUUGCCAAUUAUACUGCCAGUGGUUCGAUUACUAUUCACGAAUAUUAAAAGUCAAAGUUCUUAUGUGACCAAUUAUUUACUGCUUCAUGUUAUGGAUAUUAUGACGAAGAUCCUUUUAAUUUCGUAUGUGAAAGAUUGAAGAACACUCCUCUAAUAAAUAAAUAAAUAAUGGUAUUUACA